AUGGCCCAACAGGAAGCAGAAACUGGCCGAAAUGAACGUCCCCUGCGACAGUUGGGAUCCGAAUGCGCAGAUCUGGGGCAGUGCGAAAAGUGGCGACUGCAAAUCAUUCAGGAGAUCAGCAAAAAAGUAGCGCAAAUUCAGAACGCCGGUUUGGGCGAAUUCCGGAUUCGAGACCUGAACGAUGAGAUCAACAGGCUACUGCGGGAAAAGCGUCACUGGGAAAACCGAAUUGCCGACUUGGGAGGUCCGCACUAUCGCCGGUACGGUCCAAAAAUGUUUGAGGCUGAAGGGCGUGAAGUGUCAGGAAAUCGUGGCUAUAUGUACUUUGGAGCGGCCAAGCAUUUGCCCGGAGUGAGGGAAUUGUUCGAGCAGGAAGCGCCACCACCUCCGUCGAAAAAGGCGCGAGCCGAAUUGUUGCAGAAUGUCGAUGCUUAUUACUAUGGCUUUCUGGACGACGAUGACGGCAUUCCGGUACCUCUUGAAGCGAAAGCUGAAGCGCCGGCUAUCCGGACGGCGGUGGACGAGUGGAAGCAGUGGAUUGGACGAGUGUCGGAUGCUAGGACAAGUUCCGACGCGAACAGACAGCAGAAGGAUGACCCAAUGAUGGGACUGCUCGGACCGACUCCGAGACCCAGUCAAGAGGAUAUUGAGGCUGGUCUACAACGAAAGCGCAAAUUAGAGCUUUUUAGACCAAGUAACUAUUAUUAA